CAACUCUUUCUCUCCUCUCACUUCUCCGACAACUAAUAUAUUAGCGAAUUAUUUCUCACUUCGAGUCUAAUUGUUUGUCAGCAUUAUAUUAGUGUUCAUUUCCAUCCCAUUGAAUGUUAUACUAAAUUUAAAUCAUGAAAUACUUUGUGUUACUCUAUUGUUUAGCACUAAUACUGCCUCAAAGUCUAGUCGGUGUGCAACAAGUGGUUCAGUCGAGCGCUUCAGACGUUGUCACUGUCUUCCGGAACAGUAACUGUCGGUAUCGGACGUACGGUAACUGUCGGCUGCGAUCAGUGCCGUGUCCUUCAUCUGCACAGUGCUAUCCGCCACCCGUUGUCCAGCAACACGUCGAUGUGGUUCAACAACACGUGGAUCUGCCUGUCGUUCAACAACAUGUGGUUCAACAACAACACGUCGAUGUUGUCCAACAGCACGUGGAUGUGAUUCCCACCACUCAGAGACACGUGGAUGUGAUUCACGUCCCGCGACAGACCAAACGGAUCACAGCCUGUCCUCAGGGCCACUAUCUGUCAGCCGAUGGCACGCAUUGCAAACACAUCGACUGCGACGUCGGCUUCACUUUCAGCGAUGAAUACCUGAAAUGUGUUGACAUUAAUGAAUGCGAAAGACAUGUCUGUCUUCACGACGAGUCGUGUAUUAAUACUCACGGAUCGUAUAUUUGCCGAAAGAUUUGCACGCAAUCGGGAUAUCGAUUAGAUGUCAGAACCAAUACAUGCGAAGACAUCAACGAAUGUGUCGAAGGGACACAUCUUUGCGGUCCUCAACAGACAUGUAUUAACAGACCCGGAGGUCACGAAUGCCAGUGUCCGCCGGGUUUUCGCCUAAACGGUCCGCUCUGUGAAGACAUCAAUGAGUGCCUGCAUUCACACGUCUGUCCGGCGGAGACCUCUCACUGCCAUAACAUUCCCGGCAGUUAUCGAUGCGUUUGUAAGUCAGGCUUCAAAGACGACGGCAGCGGAAAGAACUGUCUGGACGUCAACGAGUGUCUCAUAGGAAACGGCGGCUGUUCUCACGUCUGUAUCAAUAAGUUUGGUUCAUACGAGUGCUCGUGUCCUAAAGGGUACGAACUGUCACCCGAUGGCCGCACGUGUCUGGACAUCAACGAGUGCGCCAAAUACGGCUCAUCGCACUUAUGCACACCCGAGACGUCGACGUGUGUCAACACUCCCGGCUCUUAUCACUGCGAUUGUAAGCUCGGCUUCAGAGACGACGGCAGCCGUAAGAACUGUCUGGAUGUGGACGAGUGCUCAGAACACACACACCUCUGCCAACAGAAAUGCGUCAACACUUUCGGCUCCUAUAAGUGUCUCUGCAAUCGAGGCUAUCGUUUGGUGGAUACCCACCGAUGCGAAGACAUUGACGAGUGUCAUGAGGGAGACUUCAUUAACACUGUGGCCUACAGUCGCUUCAAGUCAGACACCGGUCGACCCCAACUAUGUCAGGGCCACUGCGAGAACACCUUAGGCUCCUAUCAUUGCACUUGUCCUCAUGGAUAUAAACUACAAUACGAUCACCACUGCGUGGAUGUAAAUGAAUGUCAAGAACACGGCUAUUGUCGCGGACACAACCAGACGUGCGUUAAUUUAGGCGGAAGUUUCAGAUGUAUUCAAACUGAAUGUCCGCACGGAUACCAUAGAGACGGAGCUCAACGACUGGUUUACGCCGAGAUAUGCGACGACCCGCACAUCAAAUGCGAUAUCAAUCAAAUCAUUUGCUAUUCGUAUGCAUACAUACCCUUCCGAUCAAACUUUCUGCUCAAAUCAGAGUCGGGUUCCCACGAGUUCUUCACAUUCAUUGUGCCGAUAGAGCCGCCGAUUAUUGCGGAAUUUGGUUUACGUAUGAUUUCAGUCAAAUCACCAAAUCUUCACGUGAGGUCCGCCACGAGAGAAGACUUUUACCUGAAACGGUCGAAAGAUAAUGAAGUGAAGAUCGCUUUAUUGAAUCCAUUGGAGGGCCCGCAAGACAUUGAACUGGAAAUUGAGGCUAAAAUGUAUAAGAAUGGCAUUCAAAUCGGCAGAAAUAUCGCUACUGUUAUGCUAUUCAUAUCUGAAUUUGAAUAUUAA